CCAAAAGUAUUUCUUACUACUAGCUUAGCUAGCAUCAAUGGCACCAUCAAAAGCUUCAACUCUUUCUCUGUUCACAAUCACUACCGUGCUCCUCCUUCUUCUCCUCCCCCUGCUCUCCCAUGCAGCAUCAUCAUUUGAGUAUCUUAACCAGGUUAAGGGGUGUCGCAAGGGUGACAAUGUCCAAGGCAUCCUAGACGUCAAAAAACACCUUGAAAAAUUUGGUUACUUGAGUGGCCAUUCCCAGAAUGAUGAUUUUGACGACCAAUUGGAGUCGGCCAUCAAAACUUACCAAAUCAAUUACAACCUCGAGGCCACCGGAAGGUUGGAUGCCAAAACUGUGUCAAACAUGAUGAUACCACGUUGUGGUGUGCCAGAUAUCAUCAAUGGUACCACCUCCAUGAUAUCAAGAAAGAUACAGCACCACGAGGGGCUCACAGUUUCUCAAUAUGCUUUCUUCCCAGGAAACCCAAAAUGGCCUUCGUCUAAGUAUCGCCUCACCUAUGCUUUUCUUCAGGGCACCCCAAAUCAGGCCAAAGAUCCGGUUAAACGUGCUUUUCAAACAUGGGCCAAUAACACACAGUUUACGUUCAGUCAGGUCGAAGAAUAUGGGACUCCAGAUCUGACGAUCAGUUUUCAGAGGCGCGAUCAUGGAGAUGGGUAUCCGUUUGAUGGCCGAGGUGGGAUAACCGCCCAUGCUUUUUCGCCAACAGAUGGGAGAUUUCACUACGACGCUGAUGAGAUGUGGGUUGUGGGUUCUGUGAAUGGUGGCAUGGACUUGCAGAGUGUUGCUGUGCAUGAAAUAGGGCACCUUCUUGGGCUUAAUCAUAGCUUUGUUGAAGACGCUAUUAUGUACCCCUAUCUCAACACUGCAACGGUCAAGCGGAAUUUGAAGCCCGACGAUAUUCAAGGAAUUAAAAACUUAUACAACAUUAAAUAAUAAUAAUUAUUAUUAUUAUUAUCAAAUUUAAAUAAGGUACCUCACCUGCACCUGGAGUGUGCUCGGAAGUACCUGUAAUACGAAUUUCGACAGUUUAAAGUAUAAAUAUUUCGUGUCUGAAACUUUUUUGCUUCACUAUAAAUUUGAUUACAGACACUUCAAUUUCGACAUGUCAUGAACAAUUCGUACGGAGAAAAAAGUGAGUCGA